AUGUCUAAUUCAAAGAAACCAAUAUUAUCUGUGAAAUUUUUUAUACAAGAUCCUAUUAAUCAUGAUCAUAUAGUUUAUCGAUGGAUGACACCUAUAUCAGUACGUCAUUUAGAUUGGGAUAAAGUAAUUGAUAAAUUACAUUGUGUAACUUCUAAAAAAUAUUCAGGAUUUGAAAUGACAUGGUAUGAUGGAUUUCAUCAUUGUGUAUUGACUAAUACAAAAGAUUUACGUAAAGCAGUUGAACUUAUGCAAAAUCGUCGAACAGAAGAUAAUUGUGUAAGACUUCAUGUUAGAGCAAUACCAAAAUUAUUACGACCAGAAUGUCGUUCACAGAUUAAUAAUGAUACACCAUUUUCAGGUCAGUAUUUACCUAGUUACUUAGAAGCAAUUGGUCUACAGCCUUUCAUGCAAAUCGAUUUAACGGAUAGUGAAAAACAAUACCUUAAACAAGAUUCAAUUAGGAAAGAUGAAUAUCGUUGGUAA